CUUUCUGUACGGGGAUGGCAACGAGGCGGCGGCCGUCGUCGACAACGCCGUCGCUUGGGGAUGUGCGCUCAACAAAGACGCAUGAGAUGUCCACCAAAAAGACGAAGAAGCAGUGCUCUCGUGUGCUCACAUGCCAGAAGGUGAAGCUCCAAGUGUACACCCUCAAGUACGACGACGCGAGUGUCUACGUGGGCGAAAUCCAUAUUGAAUCACGACAGCGCCAUGGCAAGGGUGUGUUUCGCACGUCUCAUGGCGAUGUCCUGGACGGUCAGUGGUCUUACGAUCGCUUCCACGGCUUUGGCACGCGGGAUUUUGCGGUCACCCACGAUCGCCACGAAGGCAUGUAUCACAAGGACAAGCGGCACGGGCGCGGCACAUAUCUUUGGACGAACGGCGACAAGUACAUUGGCGAGUUCUACAACGGGCGGAUGCAUGGUGACGGCAUCUUUCUCUGUGCAUCCAGCGGGGAUGUCUUUGAAGGCACAUGGGUCAAAGGCGUCAUCGCCCACGGCCUAAAGCGCUUUGCAAACGGCGACACAUUGCAAGGCACGGCGGGCGCAUCGACAUGGAACGGCGACGACGGGACGUUGACUGGCGACGGCAUCAAGACCUUUCGCAACGGGAAUGUCUACCGCGGCCGUUUGGAACGCAGUGUCCAAGCUGGCUUUGGCAUUUUGGAGUCCCCACUGCGCCAGCAAACGUAUGUGGGUAUGUGGGUGUGCAAUCAAAUGGACGGAUCGGGGCGCCUCGAGUUUGUAUCGUCGUCACCGUUGUCGUCACCGUCGUCGUCACCGAAUGUGUAUGUGGGUUUGUUUGUAAAAGGCCAGUUUCACGGCCACGGACGCGUCGAGUAUGCCACUGGCGCAGUGUAUGAAGGCGCAUUUGCCCAGAACCGUCGGCACGGCCGCGGCGUGUUUCGGUGGAGUCCGACUCAUGACGGUGGUGAUCUCGACUUUGAAGUGUACGAGGGCAUGUGGGAGGCUGAUCUGCCCCAUGGCGUGGGCUACUUUACAUGUCAACACGCGGUGUUCCAUGGCCAGUGGUGCCGCGGGUACCCCCAUGGCGCUGGCAUGUACACGUGUCGCGCGUCGGGCGACCGGCGGCGGCAUGAGUUCCGCCAUGGCCAGUGCAUCGACGACCCUAACAUCGUCUUUGACCGUGUUUCGGUUGUGUCGUGAUGACAUAUUAAUAACUACAUCAUGACAGACCAACCCUGUGGGAUUGUGAGGAGCCCAAGCUCGUGUGUGUUGAAGGGUACUACUAUUAGCAGGGUAUUAAAUAAUACUCGAUAUACAAGUUGGAAAA